AUAUUGUACAACCCAUACAUCCUCAAGACGUCAAUGGCUCGCGGUUGUUGUGCAUGUUAUUUGUAAUAGUUUUAAGAUAAUAGAACGUGAGUGUCGCAAUUCACACGAGAGAUUAUCUUGUAAUCUUCGCUUUGGAAUUUCAUUACGAUGGCUGAAAAUCGAGACGCGAUACUGGCUGACUUUCAGGCUUGUACUGGAAUCGAUGACUUUGAAGAAGCUAUCAUAUAUCUGGAAGAAACAAACUGGGAUUUACUGGCUGCCAUAAAUAAAGCUAUGCCACGGGGUACGCAACAGUUGCCCUCUGAGAUGGCUCCAGAUAUAGAAAUGGUAGAGGAAAUUAAAGCAACUCCGCGUUCGUCAUCAUCAUCAAAGCUACAAAUAGCUCAAAACUCAAAAAAGAUAGGAACAACAACAAAAGCAGAUAUAAUAGAAAGUGCAAAACCUGGAACAAGUAGACCUAAAAGUUGCAUGAGAAAUAGAAUACUUACAUUCCACCUUAACUAUCUUGAUAAUGUUUAUAAAAUAAAUUUGUCUGAAUUAUCUACCUUGAGGGAUCUCAAACAAUUUAUAUGGCAUAAAACAAAUAUAGCACCUUGUCAACAGCAUCUACGUGGCUGGAAAAAAGAACCCCAAACAGCGAAUACGGUAUUACAAACGUUAGAUUUGCCUAGAGAAAAUACAUUGUAUCUGUCAUUACUAUCCCAAGAUGGUGACUUAACCCAAGACACCGUAAGUCUGUCAAAUUGUAUGACACAGACGUAUACACUGAAUGUAAAGGAUGAAGUGCAUAAUGUAACGUACAAGCUGAAGUUUCCUGGCACGCGUACUGUGUUGGAAGUGAAGACAGAUGUUUACUCGUUAAUAGAUGUGCCUGUACGAAAUCAGCAAUGGAACGGUUGGCCUAGUUCGAUAAAGGAUGAUAACAUAAUGUUGGCACAAAGCGGAAUUUGUUAUCCCGAGCAUGAUUUGUCCGUCGGAAAGCUACCUGCAAAAGAAGAAAAAAAGAACGUUAUAGAUUUAAUCGACAGCGAUAGUUCUGUAGAUGAACCAGAGGAUGUGGAAGAAUUUGAAGAUGUUCCUGAACCUUUUAACGUUGAGGAUGAUAUUUUCAUAGACGAUGUUAAAUCUACUAAAGUGGAGCGUCUGAUGCCAGAGAAUGUAGUGGAUGAGGUGAUGGGUACAUUGCAUUUUGCGGAGCAAUUUGAAAAGCGAUAUGGGCCAGCACAUCCGGAAUUUUUCGCUGGUACAUUCGAAGAUGCCCUGAAGGAAUCAUGUUUGAAGCCAGCAAAAGAGAGAAAAUUAUUGGCUGUAUAUUUGCAUCAUGAUAACAGCGUAUUAGCAAAUGUCUUUUGUACUCAACUGUUAGGCUUUGAAACGGUGCUUCAACUUCUUUCAGCCAAUUUUAUAGUGUGGGGUUGGGACAUCACGUACGAAUCUAACAAAGAAAGAUUUUUAUAUUCGGUAACUCAAACCCUUGGUACUGUCGGUUCAUUGGCUGUGUCAAGCAUAGAUGUUGAUACCUUGCCAGUUCUCAUGAUUAUUAUGAGAUCUAGAUCGAACACCGAGAUAUUUACUAUCGUACACGGCAAUGUGGGAGUUAACGAGUUACUGACAAACUUGGUACAAGCCGUCGAUGUAUUUCAAGAACAGAGACGAGCUGAUAUUAGCGUUGAAGAAGAACGACAGGCUAGAGAAAGAGUUAAGCAAGAACAAGAUAGAGCAUAUCAAGAAAGUUUGGCAGUUGAUAGAGCAAAGGACGAAGCGAAACAAAUGCAGGAAGAGCUUGAGAAGAAACAGAAAGAGCAAGCUGAAAAUGAGAGGUUAGCCGAGGAAGCGAGGAAAGAGGCUCACAGACAAGCCAUAGAAUCUAGUUUACCACCGGAACCGCAACAGGGAGCGGGCGAUGGCGUGAUGAAAGUGAGAGUGCGACUUCCAGCUGGAAAAUUCCUGGAACGUAAAUUUCAAUCGGACACGCCGUUACAGACCCUCUUUAAUUUCCUCGUUGUAGAGGGUUAUCCUACAGAGGAAUAUAAGCUUCUGUCUAGUUGGCCUCGAAGGGAUUUAACAUCCAUGGAUUCCAAGCUCACCUUGAUGGAACUGAAAUUCUGUCCGCAGGAAACGGUAAUUUUAGAGGAACGAUAAGUAAUUGUAAUUAAAUUUAUAUGUAGAGAAUAAGUAUCGCGAAAUAUUCUUCAAAAAUGUAUUUAUUUAACAAUUUCGAGAUGGCAUGCAAUUAUCGAAUCUUGUUUAUCUUACAAUUACAUUUUUACGCUGAACAUUUUUCCGUGGACGACGGAGUCGUAUAUGACAAAUGUAAUUUUAUUUUAUAAAAAAAAAAGAAGGAAAAAAAAUGUUCUUUCCACAUG